CUCAACUGCAAAAAUGAAACAGAUACAAAUAAUAUCAUCUCUUCUAAUCUUCGUUCAGGUAAUCAAUUGCGAUCCUGUUACAUUUGCACAAGUGGUACAGAGUUUCAAUACUAAAGCAAAUGCAACUGGAGUCAAAUUGAAAUCGAGCCUUGAUUUUCUCGUGAAAAUUUCCGAAAAAGCUAGGUUUAUUAAAGCUUUUAACAUGCGUGACGUGCCUCUCUUUACGACCAGAGAAGAAAGAGAAGAAGUGUUGGCAGAGGUACUGAAGCGAACGACAGUUAAUGGAAUGAACGCCACGGAUUUUCUACGAAAAGAAAUCAUUUCAAUUGACUUUGAUCAGACGCAAACGAUUACGCAGUUAAAAGAAGAUAUUAUAAAAGGGCUAAAUUUUGCGGCGCCAAGCAAAUAUGAUGUCGAAUUUGGCGGCUCAUUCGAUCAUUCAUUCAAUGAAUGGCAUGUAAAGCGGGCCAAAAAGUCAGAAGCGCAAAAUGUAAAAGAUAAAUUGAAUGUUAUGAUAAAACAAGACACAAAAUUGAAGGAAAGAUUUGACACGUUGGCAACGGAAAUAACGGAAUUGAGCUUCAAAUUAAAUCACGUGGGAAUCAAUGAAUGUUCGUCCAAACUCAAUAGCCUAUUGACUGAAAUUUUGCCGGCAGGAAAAAUAGCAACUAUCAAAACCGUGGUCAAGCAAUUCACCGAAAUUAAAAACAACCAAGCAAUGAAAAUGAGACACAUGCAAGAAAUGAAACACACUUUAAGUAGAUAUAACGUUCAGCGUACUAUUUGGGCAAGAUUUAUAAUCGGACUGGAGAAAACCCCGAGAUUGGCUUGAAAACGGACGAUAACAAUAAUGAUUUUUCUUUUAGAUUUUCGAAUUCAAACUAAAUUAAUCAAAUUAAUUGGUUUUAAAUCCAUCAAAUGUGCUAAAAUAAAGAAUUUCUUGGAAAUGUA